GGGAAAACACUGUGCAGAAGAUCCUGGGUGAGGAGGACACCCUCCGCUCAGAGGUGCAGAGCCAGCAGUUGAGGCAGUUCUGCUGCCAGGAGGCCAAAGGACCCCGAGAGGUUUGCAGCCGACUCCACCACCUUGACCAUCAGUGGCUGAAGCCAGAAAGGCACACGAAAGCUGAGAUGCUGGACCUGGUGAUCUUGGAGCAGUUCCUGGCUGUCCUUCCCCUGGAGAUGGAGAGCUGGGUGAGGGAAUGUGGAGCGGAGACCAGUUCGCAGGCGGUGGCCCUGGCCGAAGGUUUCCUCCUGAGUCAGGCAGAGGACAGAAAGCAGGGAAAGGAUCUCUUUGCAGAAAUGGACCUGGAUUCCUGUGAGGCAGAGAGGCCUCCGUUGGACACCAGAGAGAGGCCACUGGGUGGCAGAAGGAUGCCGGCAAGACCUCCUGAUCCGCUUUUUCAUGGGGGCAGAAGGGAAGCAGCGGCUGUGGAACCAGAUCAGGUCAGGGGAAGCUGCCUUGUGGGGACAGAGGCCGAGGGAUGGAGCAAUGUCAUUUACUGG